AUGGCAACAUUAGAAAACGAUGUCACGAAAGAAGAGGAAGCUGUCCUCACUGCCCGUAGCUAUUCUUCCGAAGAAGAUGAUCUCCACCGACGAUAUCUGUCGAUGCUGGAUGGCGCGCUGUAUCUGGCACCAAUACCGGAUAACGUCGAGCAAGUUCUAGAUCUUGGAACAGGCACGGGAAUUUGGGCAAUUGACUUUGCUGACCUUUUCCCAAAUGCAUCGGUUCUUGGGACAGACUUAUCACCAAUCCAACCAGACAAUGAUGUUACAGAAGAAUGGACCUACCCGCCAAAUUACUUUGAUUUUAUUCACAUUCGUGGACUUUUUGGUAGUAUUCCCGAUUGGGGCAGACUAUAUGCGCAAGCUUUUAAACAUCUAAAGCCAGGAGGAUUCAUACAACAUAUAGAGCCAUCAUUACAUGUCAAAUCCGAUGACGACACUGUACCGCCGGAUAGUCCAUUAUAUAGAUUUGCUGAUCUUUUCAACAAUGCCGGAGAACGUACAGGACAAUCAAUGGAUAUAUGCCCAACAAUGAGUUCGAAAAUCAGCCAAGCUGGAUUCAUUAACUUACAUGAGAAAACAUAUAAGAUGCCUCUGGGAGAAUGGUCGAACGAUCCGAAGCUACGAGAAUUAGGAAAGUGGAACCUGUUACAAUUCGAUGUGGGAUUAGAAGGUUUUGCCGUUCAACUUCUCACAAAUACAAUGGAGAUGAGUUUACCUGAGGUUCAACUGUUCUGUGCUCAAGUUCGUGCUGCAGCCCGAGAUCGCAGAAUUCACUCGUACUACCCACAUCAUCUAGUUUACGCCCAGAAACCUCUAUAG